AAAAAGGGUACCAGAGGUUGGCGCGGGGGUCUCCCGCUGGCGCCGCCGACCUGCGGCAGCGACCCCUUCUUCCCACGGGCCUCGAGGGGGGGCUCCGUGUAACCAUUUUGGCUCAAGCACCAACUUGUAACACUGGCGCGCUUGCUCACGCGAGCGCAGCGGAACGUUUGCACCGACAUCGCCGAACGAGGCUACACCUGAAGGCACCAUGAGAGUUGUUUCUGCGGCACUCGUGUGCACAGCACUGGCGCAGCUCUGUGCGGCAUCGACUUGCGGCGCGAAGGGUGCCGACAGCACUCCAUGGACGACGGGCAGCCAGCGCAUCUUCGGGGGGCAGGCAGCCACGCGUUGCGAGUGGCCGUGGCAGGUGUCGCUCCAGACCUCUGGCGGACACUUUUGCGGAGGGACGCUCAUCGCCCCGAAUUGGGUCUUGACGGCCGCACAUUGCUUCCCUCGUUCCUCGUUCUGGGUCGUGGCGGGCCUGCACAGCCAGUCCCAAUCGGAUACGGUAGGGGUGCGACUGGAGGUGCAGCAAGUGCACACUCAUCCAAACUAUGUCAAUUGGGAUCAGGGCUACGACUAUGUCCUCUUGGAGUUGGCAAGUGCGGCUCCGUUGAACGACUGUAUCGGCCUCGCGUGCUUGCCAGCGGAGGACAUCGGUGCAGGUGAAGAGUGCUUCACCACUGGGUGGGGAAAGGUGAAUGGAGGGAGCGUCCCUGACUGGUGGGUUUUGGGGCAGGAGGGUGGGGGUGAACAUGCUGGACAAAUGCAGAUUGCCAGGCUCAAUGGGGUAUGUCAGGGAUGACGAUCACCGAUGACAUGCUGUGCGCGCAGGGCUCCAACGGCGGAUUGGUAACUGAUAUAUGUCAGGGUGACAGUGGAGGACCGAUUGUCUGCGCUUCAGGCGGCAGCUACUUCCUUCACGGUGUUGUUUCGUGGGGACCUGUAUCAUGUGGCAUUCAGAAUUUCCCUGGAGUUUGGAGCCGGGUGACUUAUGCACGGGAUUGGAUGACUGGGUUGAUGGGGGAUUGGACGGUGCCCCCGACGCCAUCGCCCGCACCGCCGGCUACAACGACAGCAGCGCCGACCGUUCUCCCAACAGCAGCACCGACAGCUGCGCCGACUACGGCACCAACGCACACGCCGACCGCAUCCCCAACAGCAGCACCGACAGAUGCGCCGACUGCAGCACCCACGGAAGCACCGACCGCUUCCCCCACGGUAUCACCGACAGCUGCGCCGACAGCGUCACCGACCGUUUCCCCAACAGCAGCACCGACAAAGCACCGACGACGGCACCAACAGCCGCGCCGACUCUUGCGCCGACUACUUCCCCAACACAGCACCGACAGCCGCGCCGACUGCGACGCCAACGGCAACGCCGACCGCUUCUCCAACUGCAGCGCCGCCGACUGCAGCACCAACGAGAGCACCGACCGCUUCCCCAACAGUUGCACCGACAGCCGCGCCCACAGCCGGGCCGACCGCUUCCCCAACAGCAACACCGACAGGAGCACCGACGACAGCACCAACAGCCGCGCCAACUCUUGCGCCGACAACUUCGCCAACAGCAGCACCGACAGCAUCACCGACAGCCGCGCCGACUCCCGCGCCGACUGCUUCGCCGACUGCAGCACCGACGCCCAGUUCUGCGCACAUGUGGGCGGCCAUUUCCGGCGCGUGUACGCUAGACGGUGCAUGUGUGCAGAGCGCGAACUAUCCGCAGCCUUACGGCAACAACCAGAAGUGCACGAUUGAGAUCGACGCGUCCAACGCAGGACCGAUCGUCGUGGAGGCUUUCAAUGUAGAGUCGUAUUUCGACUACAUUUUGAUCGACGGAUGGAAAGCAUAUACUGGAACUUUGGGUCCGUCUGGGUUCACCCCGUGGUACAGUAUCAUGUGGUCGUCAGACUUUAGUGUUACGCGGAGCGGGUGGAAAUUCUGCAUGCCAGUGUCAAUACCUGCACCCCUUCCGACAACAGCACCAACGCCAUCGCCGACCGCUUCACCAACCGUUGCACCGACAGUUGCGCCGACUCUUGCGCCGACUCAUUCGCCGACCGCUGCACCGACGCCCGGUUCUGGGAGCAUGUGGGGUGCCAUUUCAGGCCCGUGCGUGCAAGACGGCGCAUGCGUGCAGAGCCCGAACUACCCGCAGUAUUAC